AUGGACUGCCCUCCAACUGGUGAACCGGAUUUCAAGCAAAUUCCUGAAAUUUCAAACACUUGGAUGAAUGGUGAAAGAGGACCUUCCUUAAGUUUUUUUCAGCCUUCAAUUCCACAUUACAACACCGACUAUCUCCUCCUCAAGUUCACUUGCAACAUCUCAAAUGGCAGAAGCAAAGGACUCUGA